AUGGCUCAACUUGUAAAACUUGAGGUCCAAUUAGAGAUUCAGUCCUCUGCUGAAAAGGUCUACGAUAUCUUCAAGCGCAAAAUGUACCUCUUGCCGAAAAUCUGCCCUGAACUGGUGACAGACGCCAAAGUUGUCAAGGGUGACUGGGAGACCGUGGGCUCAGUCAGGAUAUGGAAAUAUGUUGCUGGACUUUCUGAGAAUGCCUCGGAGACCAUAGAGGCUAUUGAUGAUCGAAACAAGUCAAUCACUUUCAACGCACUGGAUGGUGAUAUCACGAAAUAUUACAAGACCUUCAAGGCUAUUGUUACUGUCACGGCUAAUGGUCAAGGAAGCUUGGUGAAAUGGACUUUGAUGUACGAAAAGCAGAACCAGAAUAUCCCUGAUCCUGAGAAGUACAUAGAGUUUGCCUCUGCUGUUAGCAAGUCUGUGGAUGCUUACCUUCUUAAGCAAUAA